AACCAAAUGCUUAACUGUGAGAAGCAAUACAUUUAAAAAAACUUGUUUUGGCAUUGUAGACUCCGGGAAAUGGUUCAGGUUUUAAUCAUGCAUGAUGCAAUGACUUCCAGACUCUGUUAUGCUUCUGACUAUCUGUGAACUGUGACGUCGGAAUGCUGGCAUAAAGAUAAAGAAAACUUUGAUCACAUUUAUGCCUACGGGUUAAUAUAUAAAAAAAAGAUCCACUUGUAAACUUCACGUGUGUCAAGGGAGAGGCGGAUUAUAACUCGCAACAGCUUCCAGUGACUGCCGUUGAGUCAGUGACCUCGGCGUCGGUACCUCGGCGUUUGGGAGACUUCGUCCAGGUGAGAGAGCGAGCAUGGCACAGUCAUCCACCGCCCUGGAGGCAGAGCUCUCCUGUCCCGUCUGUUUUGGGCUCUUUCGGGAGGCCGUUAGCCUCCCUUGCCAGCACAGCUUCUGUGAAAGCUGCCUGGCGGAGGCCUGGAUACGCAUUCCCGGGAGGGAGUGCCCCGUCUGUCGCCGGAAGAGUUCUUUCGAUCGCGGCACCCCUAACAUGACGCUCCGCAACAUUGUGGAAGCGUACCGGCUGGAGAAGGGGGGCGCCAGCGGGGCGGGGGUGUGCGAGAAGCACGGGGAAGACGCCGGGAUGUUCUGUGAGGACUGCGGGCAGCUGUUCUGCCCAGAAUGCCUGGAGUCGGAGCAGCACUUGAAACACACCCAACGGUCGGUCCGGGACGCAACGCUGACGUACAAGGAGAUGCUGCGCUCUCAGCUCCAGAGUCUGCGUGUGAAACUGGAAACCUUCAGUCAGGAGCGAGCGGCUAGCGACCACACGGCGCGCCACAUCAGGUCGCAGGCCCAGAAUGUGAGCAGGCAGAUCAAGGCAGAGUUCCUGAAGCUCCAGCGGUUCCUGAGGGACGAAGAGCAGGCCAGACUGGCGACGUUGAGGGAGGAAGAGAAGAUGAAGACGGCGCUCGUGAACGAGAGGCUCCGCCGUCUGACAGAGGACAUCGCGACUCUCACGGAGACCAUCGCAGACGUCGAGCGUUUGAUCGACACCAAGGACAGCUCAUUCCUCGAGGGUUACAAGAGCGUCAAGGAGAGAGCGGAGAGCAAACCGCGGGACGCGGCACCGCGUUCGGGGGCUCUGAUAGACGUGGCCGGACACCUGGGCUCCCUGGGGUUCAGCGUGUGGGAGAAGAUGCAGGGCUUCGUUCAGUACACCCCCGUCAGCCUGGACGUGAACUCGGCACACCCUGACCUGCGCAUCUCCGACUGCCUGCGGGAGACGUGGGACGGGCAGGCGUCUCUCCCGCUGCCCGACAACCCGGAGCGCUUCGACAGCACCGUGGGUCUGCUGGGCCGCCCGGCCUUCGCCUCGGGACACCACUGCUGGGACGUGGAGGUGGGGGACAAGACCGCCUGGACCCUGGGCGUGGCCCGGGCGUCGGUCGCCCGCAAGGGGCCGGUCUCCGUCAGCCCCCAGGGCGGGCUGUGGGCCGUCGGCCUGGCCAAAGGGGCGGAGUUCAGCGCGGGGACCACCCCCUUCGGCGUGCCAUUGGCUCUGAAGAGGAAGCCCAGGCGGGUCAGAGUUCAGCUGGACUACGAGGGCGGGAAGGUGUCCUUCUUCGACCCGCGAGACAUGUCGCACAUUUACACGUUCAAAGAGACCUUCACCGAACCCCUCUUCCCUUACUUCUCUCCCUGUCUGAAUACCGACGGGAAAAACUCUGGUGCCUUAAAGAUAUGCCCGGUCAACGUGUCCGUAACAGUACCAUCAUACCAGUAACUCUAA